UUUUGUUAAUACAGUUCUCUUUUUUGUUGUACAAAGAAAAAUGUUAUUAAACUGAUUCUCGUCGCGUUUUCCCCCUCCGAAAAAGUAACGGAAUAAACGGCCGCCAGCAGCAACGACAACAACAACAACAAAGUGCAAUAAAUACGUGCCUAGAGUGCGCUGCGCCUUCGCUUUAACCGCCAACAAACGCUGCUCAUCCGCCGCCGCCGCACUAACCAAAAAAGAACAUACAAGAGCAUAACUUAACCCACACGGAGCGAGGAUAAUGAUAAAGUCCACCACGAAUCCACAGGAACAGCGCCUGCCACGCCCCGAGGAUCAGCAGCAGCAGCAGCCACAGCCUCCUCAUCCGCCACAGCCCCCUUCAGCGCCCGCCACGCCCACGCACCAGGUGGCCGCCGUCAUAGCCAACAUGGACACACUGAAGACCGCCUUUCUGCCCAAUCUCAGCAUGGAUCCCAAUGUGCAUGUCGCCCCACACUACUGUCCCAUGUGCCACCAGCAGUUCGAGCGGGCGCAGCACGCCGCAGAGCACAUGCAACUCUGUCACGGGAUCACGCUCAAUGCGCAGGGUGCCAUCACCACGCUGGAGGCCGCCCAGCAGCAGCUGCAACAGCAACAACAACAACAGCAACAGCAGCAGCAACUCAAGCCCAGCCAUGCCUGCUUCAACUGUGAUGAAAAGUUCGGUAGUGCGGUGGAACUGGACGAACACCAUCGGCUGGCGCAUCAGACCACCGCCUUUUUGGCGCGGUGCCUCAUAUGCAGCAUCUAUGGCGUCCACUCGGCCACGCAGCAGCCCAACGAGUUCAAGUGCUCGCAAUGCGGCUCUGUUUGCACCACAGCCAUGCUGGCCGCCGGACAGCAGAGCUUCAUGGAUCAGCAGCAGCAGCAGGAGGCGGCGGUGACGCCCGAUGAUCAGCUGCCGGCGAUGGCGCCGCGUGAUAUGAGACUGACGCCCGAGGAGCAGCACCACCAGCAGCAAUUGCAGGCGGAGCAGCACCAUCACCAGCAGCAGCAACAACAACAGCAACAGCAGCAGCAGCAGGAACUGCAGCAACAGCAGGCGCAACAACAUCAGCAGGUGCAGCAUCAUCAGGACCAAGAUCUCGCUGGCGGCGAUCAGGUGGCACUAAAGGUGCCACCCCUCACCGUCAAGUUGAACAAGAAUGGAGCCAAUGGCAGUGGCGGCGCCAUUGUGGCCCAUCCGCAAGUGAUCAUCAAGGAGGAGCCGCUCAGUCUGAGUGAUAGUGGCGAUGUGGUUAGCGCUGUGCCCGUCUAUGCCAUACAAGCGAAUCCCGGCGUUACGGCCCCCGGAGCCACAUCCACGGUGCUCGUCGGCACGCAAACAGUGCCCGCCGAUCUGGCGCACAAGAUCCGGCACAAAUGCCCGGAUUGUCCGAAGACCUUUAAAACGCCCGGCACGCUGGCUAUGCACCGAAAGAUCCACACAGGCGAAGCAGACGCCACGCCCAAAGAACGCCCCUACACGUGCUCCUACUGCGGCAAGUCCUUCACUCAAUCGAAUACACUAAAACAGCACACUCGCAUACAUACAGGUGAGAAACCCUUUAGAUGUGGCUAUUGUGGCAGGGCGUUCACUGUUAAGGAUUACCUGAACAAACAUUUAACGACUCACACGGGUGAGAAGCCCUUCCACUGUGGCUACUGCGAGAAGUCCUUUAGCGUGAAGGACUAUCUCACCAAGCACAUACGGACGCAUACCGGAGAGAAACCGUACACCUGUCCGUACUGUGACAAGCGCUUCACGCAGCGCAGCGCCCUAACGGUGCACACGACCAAGCUGCAUCCGCUCUAGGGCAGGCCGGGCGGUGGCCGCCAGUUGAACGUUGCUGCCUCGGCCGAUGAUCCACCUCCUCGAGACGCUAAAGCCGAUGCGGAUCCCAAGAAGCCACCGGCCUAGAGGAAGCAACCCCCCAAAAACCCAAAAUAAAAUGAAAGACCUUUUUCAAAGACGAGACACAGAGACACUCACCAAUCACCACUCACCCACAGGAAGGCGAAGGAAGGAGUGGAGGAGCGGAUGCAACCAACGACUGGCAAAUCUCUUCAAAGUGCUGCUAGAUACUAAAUUAGAUUUUCAUUUAUGAUGAUUCGGUUAACACAUGAAAGCAAAAAACAAAGUUGUACUAAACUCUAGCGUACAGUUCGUAGUA